AUGAAGCUCACCUGGUAUCUUGCGGCCGCGACCGCCGUCGCUGUCACGAACGCUUCUCCGCACCCCGCAUUUGCGCAGCAGCACCCGCUCGGGGGCUUGCAAUCAGUCACUCAGGGCAGUAGCGAUGUCCUUGAGCAAUCAGGGCUGGACAAAGUGAUCAGCCGCGAUCCAUUGCUGUCUUUCCACCGGGAUCUGGUCAAUAUCGAGUCCAUCUCCGGCAACGAACACGACGUGGGCGUCUUCGUUGCGGAGUUUCUCGAGGCCAAGAACUUCACGGUGACCAAGCAGGAAGUCGCACCCGUGAAAAGGAAGGAUGGUGACGAUAAGGAGACGCCGAAGACCCGCUACAAUAUCUACGCCUACCCAUCGUCUCUCCAAGAAUCGCCCUCAAUCCUUAUCACAAGCCAUAUUGACACCGUCCCGCCGUUCAUCCCGUACUCGGCGCGCGAGCCGGAAUCCCAGAACCUGCGAUCCGACUCGAAAAACCUUGUUCUUGCUGGCCGCGGCUCCGUAGAUGCAAAGGGCAGCGUCGCAGCGCAGGUGUUCGCCGUGCUGGAGACGCUCGACGAGAACCCCGAUGCAAAGCUCGGCCUCCUCUUCGUGGUCGGCGAGGAGAUUGGUGGAGACGGCAUGAAGACAUUCUCCGAAUCGGAGCUCAAUGCUAACAGCGCCUACCACACUGUGAUCUUUGGCGAGCCUACGGAGGCUAAGCUUGUCUCCGGGCACAAGGGCAUGCUUGGCUUCGAGGUCCUAGCCCACGGCAAAGCUGCGCAUUCCGGAUACCCGUGGCUUGGAAAGAGCGCCAUCUCUGGCAUCCUACCGGCGCUGACCCGUGUGGAUCAGCUGGGUAGCAUCCCCGUCAGCGAGGGUGGACUGCCCUCGUCGCCCAAGUACGGACCGACCACCCUGAACAUCGGUACCAUCCGUGCAGGUGUUGCGACUAAUGUCGUCCCUGCUUCUGCACGCGCUGAUGUCGCUGUGCGUCUGGCGGCUGGUACGCCGGAUGAAGCGCGGGAGAUUAUCCGUCGUGCCGUGCAGGAUGCUACCCGUGACGUCGAUGCGGAAGUCGAGGUUGACUUCUCUACUCAUAACGAGUCCUACUCGCCUCAGGACUUGGACACGGAUGUUGAUGGGUUUGAUGUUAUUCCGGUCAACUACGGUACUGAUGUGCCUAACUUGAAGGUUCGCUCUGGCGUGAAGCGCUACCUGUAUGGACCGGGAAGCAUCUUCGUUGCGCAUGGUGAUAACGAGGCUCUUACUGUGCGUGAUGUCAAGGAUGCGGUCCAGGGCUUCAAGAAGCUGAUUGACGCUGGUCUGCAACGGGAACAGAAUGGCCAAACCGCGGCAUAG